AUGGCCGUCUUGUGGCGCCAUCGCAAAGCACUCUUUCAUCGUACCGCGUUCUCAUUCAGCCGCCUCCCGUCCUGGCAAGAGGACCUGACCGUCGCGAUCGGAGGCAGGUUGUGCCUCCGUUUGUGCGCGCGUGCCCUCUUCAAGAUGGCUUUGUCCGCCGCGGCGCAGUGAUAUCACUCCGGACGAGGGAGAUCCCAAUUCGGCCCGGGUUGGCUUUACUCCGGAGUGCGCCGAGGCGAGAGGCGAAGUAAAGAGCCGCCAGCACGACGACAAUCAUCGCGACGACGACGAGGGGGAAGAAGGCGCUACUGGCCAGCAACGUCCUCAGCGGUGCGGAGAUGUGACGCUCGUCGGCGAACCGAUGGCAGAAACACCCGAGAUGGAAUCGCCUUUGGCCCGUCAGGACUGUUGCGUUGAGGCCCAAGAGGAUUCCACCUCAGUGGAGAUCGGGACGGAGGACGCACCGCCAGGCGCUACAACAACAACCAUAACGACGGCGAUAACGAGCGCCGACGACGAUGAUUCCGCGGCGCGUCCAUCCGUCGUGCGGGACUCGCGCAAGGACUUGGUGAUGGUGUGCGAGAGACUGGACGAGAAACCGGAGAACGAGGGAGCGGGACAAUCGAGCGAUAAGUCGGAAGAGGAUCAGGGAGGAGAGGAAAAAGAAGAGAAAGAAGCGAGUAUGGGUCUGACGAUAGGAAAGAAAGCCAGCGAGGAGCAGAGAGGUGGGAAGGACGAGAUCGACGCAAAGCCGACGGAGAAUACUCUUCAGGAACUCGAAGGCUCGCCGAGAACGUGCGAGCCUGAAGACCGCGGCAAGUGUUCGGACGUGUGGGAAAAUGGGACCGAGAGGCCCGCGUCGCCGGACGUUUCCAGAAAGAGGCCGGGCGACUUCCUGCCGAUCGGCGCGGAGAUCAAGAGAAUCGGCAUCGAGAUCUCGGAGGAGCAGGCGACUCAGCUGAGGAACGAUGUCAGAAGGCUGUCGCCGGUGCUGGUGAGCCUGCGGGAGAGGACUCUGGGCGAGGUGUCCCUGACCUCGGAGUCCUGUCUCUUCGGGGACGAGCUUGACGGUAAGAUAGCGCCGAGGUGUAACGACGUCCCGGCGGGAUCGUUCGCGGCGAAUCCCGACUCGAAGAUUCAGGACGUCGAGCAGAAUCCUGGGAAGCAGGAAAAGGGGGAGGAGGCGAUCGGCAGGAUCGACACAGGUCCUUCGGAGUGCACGAGCAGCGUCCUCGGCGUUGUCGAGGACACGUUAAACGACUGUGCGAGCCAAAAGAUGGAUUACGACAGCGAGGGAGAGAUUACGACGCUCGGAACGCCGGACGCGACUUCUUCGAUGUUCUCGAGAAGCGACAGUCUGAACGGGACGGCGGAGUCGCGUCGGGACGACGUCGGAGACACGUACGCUGAAAGCGAGCUUUGCACUCCGACCAAAAAGUGCGUUAUCGAAACGACGAGUUCUGCGGUAUUGUCGAGUCCCGUCUGUCGGAAUUUAUCCGUGGUGCUGAAUCGCAUCGAACAGGAUGAUUUAAAGAAGAGUACCCUGAUGAAUACGGACGAGAACAUAUGGGACUACGUCGAGGAGAGUUUGCCUCUUGCCAAUGAGAGAAGGGAUUUCGUCGAGGAGGAGCGCGAUUCGUUCGCCGAGACUCCGGAGGUUCAGGAGAAGAGCCCGAAGAAGCAACGUUCGCAGAGCAGCAGCUCGUCAACCCCGAUGACUAGAUCGAAAACGUGCGAGCUGGCGGAGGGUGCUCGUAGUCCGGACAAUGGACUGAUCCUGAAGAAGUGUAAGGUGGUAUUGGAGCGAAUCGGCGAGGCCGCGGGGCAUUCAUCGCAAUCGGAGAACACCGAGGAAAGCGGAGCCUCGAGGGAGGUCGAGAGGGAAGACGAGUCCGCGCCCGUCGCGGUGAUCGGCAAGCUCGAGGAGGACGAGGAGGUGGUUCUGGCGAGUUCGGCCGAGGACAGCCGCGUGUCCAACGAGCUCGACUCGUCGGAGACGAUGCCGAGCUCGCCGGAGGAGACGCCGGAGAUCUCCGCGGAUGUUGCCGAGGGCGUCGACACCGAGACGGAAACGGAAACAGGCUCCGACAGUUCGGAGGUGUCGCCCAUCACGAGCAUCCGCCACGAGCUGCGCGACGUCGACAUGGCGUCCGACCAGCUACCCUGUUCCGAGGGAGUCGCUUUGUGCUGCGUGGAGGCAAUGGCGCCGAUCAUGACGAGACUGGAGGCCGACCGGCCGGAAGCGUACACAGAGGAUUCGGCCGAGAGCCUGGCCUUGGCGACAGGCGCCAGGGACGAGGUCAGGUCCGAUGGGAGCGACUCCGGUCUGGGGAACGAGAUCCCCGGUGAUCCCGGACCUGCGCCUGCACCGGAAAGCGACUCGGAGACUUCCUUCCUCGACAGGCUACCGGACGACAUUCUUUCCGACAAGGAGAAAGGCGUGAGCCAGUUGGACGGCUACGCGGCGUCCUCGGGGACGCCCGGGACGCCGGGCCAGCUGCCCCUGACGAGCUUCCGGACGCUUCCGGCCAAGAGCAACCUGAAGCGCAGAUUGACCGAUUGCAUGGAGAGCGACGAGUCGCGGGGCAACGUCGACGAGCCCCUGAAGAAGAAGCGCAACAUUCAGUUCGACGCGGUGACGGUCUAUUACUUCCCCAGGGCGCAGGGCUUCACCUGCGUACCGUCCCAGGGCGGCAGCACUCUGGGCAUGAGCGCGACGCACACGCACGCGGAGAGGUUCUCGUUGUCGGAGCACGCAGCCGAACAGAGGCGGAUCCACCGCGCGCGCCUCGCGCAGUUGCGCUCCGAGCGCAAUUGCGCGACCAAUUGCGUGACCGAGACGGCGUCGAGCUCGGAGGACCCGAGCGACGACACCGACGAGGAGCCCAGCGACAACGAGGAGCUCGACAUCGAUAGCUAUUACUUUCUACAACCGGUGCCCACGUGGCAGCGCCGGGCACUUCUUAGGGCCGCCGGUGUGCGGAGGAUAGACGCCGUCGAGAAGGACGAGUGCCGCGAUAUCCGCGCCAGCAGGGAACACUGCGGAUGCGGCUGCAAGGGAUACUGCGAUCCCGAGAGUUGUCCUUGUAGCAGGGCCAACGUAAAAUGUCAGGUGGACCGACCGGGUUUCCCUUGCGGCUGCACGCGGGAUGGCUGCGCGAACAGCACAGGCAGGAUCGAAUUUAAUCCGGUGCGGGUGCGAACGCAUUUCAUCCACACGCUGAUGCGACUAGAGCUGGAGAAGAAGCAGCGCGACGAGGACGGUGGCGGCGAUCACGAUCAGGUAGCGGACAAUCACGGGCAGAGCGGUAGGGGUGCCCGUCCCCUGAGGGACAUCGGUUCCUUGGGGAUGGACGUCACUGUGGGCGAUCCGUGCGCGAUCCCGGGUACGGGACCCGGGGGAGGCGGUGGAUUCACCACCUUGCACUACGACCCGAGUCACGAGAGUGUCGGCGCCGGGGUGGCCGGUUGCCAACCGGAAGUGCCCGGCACGCGGGAGGACAGUCUGGACUUGUAUGCCAUCAGGGACGACUGUUAUGCGAGCGAAGACGCGGUGGACAGCAGCCAGUCGGUCGUCGUGCAACGGAAGCUGCACCCGGAAUUCGGCCAGGCCUUCCAGAGCUUCUCGCCCGGCGUGCAAGGCGGCGGCGCCGUCAAUGGCGGCAGCGGUGGCGGUGGCGGUGGCGGCAUGGGCUUCCAGCAGUCCUCGUACCAGGACUACGGAUCGCCAUACGCAAGUCUACCGUCCACGUCGCGUGUACCGCAGUUCCAACCGCCGCAGUUCCAGUCGCCGCCCAAUCCGGCCGCCUUCGCGCACUACGGGCCCUACGGCGGGCCCCAGGACGCCGCGGGCACGGCUCUGCAAGGUGGCUGCAGCGGCCAGGUGCACCAAAUGCCACAGCCGCAGCCACCGCCGCCGCCGCCGUCGCAGAGCCAGCAGCAGCAACAGCAGCAGCAGCACUCGUCCUACGACGUGACGGUGUUCGCGCAGGACGACGCCGCGAGUACCGCGCAGUACACGAACCUCACCAACUCGGUGCAGCCGAUGAACGCGACGGUGGUGCAGCAGAUGCAGGGCAAACUCGAGCCUUUCUCAGAACUCCUUAGCGGCAGGUAUUCGUACUACGGCGAGAUGCACGAACCGCAGCAGCACCAUGGUACUUACGGUACUCACGGCACGGCCGGCAAGGAGAUGAUCGAGCCCGGCCAGGUUACUGGCGAGCAACAGCCCGAUGGCGCGUCCGAGGACUGCGACGAAAACUUCGGCGAGAUCAUCAAGAAGUCCAUGGUGGAGACUGUGUCUGCCUAGGAUGAAGGAAGCCUACCUCGCAGGUGACUGUCCAGGACAAGCGCUGGGGAUGCUCAGUACGCGCCGAAAGAUCUCCGCUGAUCUUCUCGAAAUCGAAGCCCUUUGCUGCCCGCACGACGAGCUCGGGAACGAGGAACGCGGCCCUUGGCGCCCGACAGUGCGAUUCCCUCGAGCUCUUCGUCCAGGAUCGUUCCGAGGAUGGAUUCCAUUGAAUAUGGGGACACUCGACGCACUCCGUGAACGAUCUUGAUGGCUCGACGUCUACAAAGUCUGGAAGAUCGAAAUCCUUCGGAUCUCUUCCAGCUUUGCGAUAAUCUCGAAAACGAGGACUUCGAGGACAAUCUAGACAGAGAAAGGAAUUCCGGGAUUGUUCACUCUCCCGCGCGAUGCGUCAACAGGGGUGAACGUAGCGCCUUCCGAGGGAGAUGGGAGGUCUCCCGGGGUCAGAGCAUCGCGUUCUUUUGAGAGAUCUCGCCCAGAGAUUGUUAGGGAAUUUUAUGGCUACGUGUGCGUCCGCCCGGGAUGGAGACUCGCGACGUCAUCGCCGGCGCCAUCCUCAAUCCUGAGGAUCAAACGGGCUGCUUGAGUCACUCCGCGACAUAAAGAUUUCGCAAUCUUGCAAUCCCUUCGAGAAUUGAUUCUUGUUUGCGAUGCAAGUGCGGAAAAGUGAUGCGCUUGUUAAAUUCGCAACGCCAUUUUUUUAUUAUUCCCAGGCCGCCACGGUCUCCACGGCGGUUAAAAGUUAACUCGAGUAAAAUUUGACUUUGCAAAAUUUAACGGUGCAGCAAAUCGCGGAGUCGAAGUGACCUGUCCGGUGCAGGUCGACGACGAUGUACGUCAUACGAGACGACGACGGGGUUCUGGGCCUGGGAGGUCUGUGAGGUAGCGGCCUCCGAGCUUCGGGAUUCUCGUCGGAGAUGUUCGAGAGCGAUCCGUGAGCAAUGGUGGGAAAAGAUUUCAACGAGGUUGUGACCAAGAAAUAACACAUGGGAUCAGCUUAUAGAUUGCAGUUUAUAAUACCUAACUUUAAGCGUAGGGUCGACCGACCUGGGAGCGGGUCGCGUGUCCUUUUAGACGAGCCUCGAGUCCACAGGGGCUGCGUACGCGGAUAAUGUAUCGAUCUAGAGCGAAUCUGCGCUCGCUCUAAUUCGAGAGAGAGUCGUUCUGGAAUGCACAUGUACACAGGUAUAUACACAGUACCGGCGUUCGGGUGGGACGCGGUUGGGCGAUCACCCAGGCCGCCAAAUCUGCAGGGGCGCCGCUGCCUGGUUUCACCUAGUUUGCGAGUGAGAGAGAUUCCCUAAAAUAUAAAAACAAAAUGGAGCUCGUCGUUCGAUAUUGUCAGCUUGUCUUUUCUUUCUCAAGAAUUUCGAGCCCUUGAAUUUGAAUGGGCGCCACGAUAAUCUUGCUCAGGGCGCGCCAAUGUUGCCGAGACCGGCACUGUACAUACAAGUACACAUACACACAUACGCAGGUGCAUUUUGAAGAUUUAUAUAUCAUUUAUAUAUAUUGUAUGCAAUAUAAAGUAUAUUGUGCAC